UUCUGUGCGUACCGUAGGGCAUCGAUGAUUGGAAAACUCUUGAUACCCGUGGCGCUGCAAGAAAUGCUGUCAGAGGCUAUGAACCCAAAAAUUUGCGACCAGUGAAGACUGUGCCUUGCUUUUUCUUCUUUUUCGCAUGCUCGUGACCAUCUGUAGGGUGGAGGAUUCGAAGAAUUGUUGACGUUUACUCUAUGCUGGAUGCCUAAUUUCUUGAGAAUGGCUGCCCUAGGACGCCGGCCUGGCCGUUCAAGGGUUGAAAGAAUAGUGUAGUUCUGGAGGCUCUGCUUUGCUAUCUACCCUGAUAUAAUGACCUGUCAGUUGACAAAAGGACCUUUUAGACUUGCUUCUAGUAGCACCAACCUUUGGGAGAGCCUUGCAUCAUACUACCUUACUCAUUCUCGCUUUACAUCAAUCACAAACCUCCUGCUGAACCACCACCUCUACCAACAAAAUGGGCUACUUCAGCAGAGUCUUGCGCAAGUGCAAGAAAGCAUGCAAGAGCGCAGUGUCCGCUGUCGCCGAGACGGUAGCAGCCCCCAUUGUUCGACAUGUCACCAAGAAGAUCGUGCGCCGCAUGAACGAGGCCUCACGCGCCAUCACCUACUCAGUCAUCUCAAUUCCCACCCAUGUCGUCUCCACCGCCCAAGCCAUUACCUUCCCGAUCGUUGUUGUGUCCUCUCCCGUCAUCCGCAAGGGCACCGCUGUCAUCGACAAGAUACACUCUUGGGCUUUCCGGAAGAUUGCCAAACCCCUAUACAAGAACGCUGCUCUCCCUAUUCUACGACACCUUCGCCCAUCAUUCUUCCACAAGGUCGUCGCCCCUGCCAUGUACAAGGUCGCUAGGGCGCUCGAUCGCGCCAUUGGAAGACCACUCGCCAAUGGGAUUAUCCACGUGCAGCCAGUGACCCGGGACAUUUUUGGCCUUGCUGCGCAGAACAUCAUGGCCCGAGUUGCUCGAGACUUGGGCCAGUCUACUGAGCAGGGGAAGAGGCCUUCAAAGAAAGAUACUGUCGAGGAGGUCCUGGACCCUUCUAUCAAACCCAUUUAUCCUCCGGCAGAACCAGGACGUGAGUCCAGACGGGUAAGCUUUGCUAAGCCUGCACCUGAAGAGCCCUCGCCGCAGGAUUUGGUUCAGCUCAUUGUGGAGAGGUUCGGGGUCGCGCCCGAGAGCCGCAUGGGUAACAUUUUGGCGGAUUUUAUUCUCUCCAGUGGCGGUGGGAAUGAGGCCGCCUCCUUUGCUUCGUUAUGCAGACGGUGCCAAGGUCACCAAUUCCACACUGGAUCACGUCCUUCCGAUGCUUUGCCACCUGACAGUCGCACAGUUCAUGAGCUUCUUGAAUCGAUUCAAGCUGGUUGUCACAUGUGCUCAUUGAUUCAUGAGGCUUUGGCUUUGCCGGUAGAUGGGAGCUUGCUGGGUGAAAAGAUCCUUGUUGAGACGUGGGUCACACCAGGGCAGCGGGAUAGUGGUCUCGGAUUUGUUGGCCGGGUGAAGGUCAGGUCGGAGGAAAAGGAGGCCUAUCUCUCCUUCAUGUCAUAUGUCCCUGUGGAGGAUGAGAAUCUGGCUGACCUAAUCAAGGCAUACCUAUCUCCUGAGACUGACCCCUCUGUUUUGCUCGACUAUUUGAGCACCUGGCAGAAAACAUGCAAGGAGACUCACGACCAUUGCAACAAUCGCUUGAUCGAAGACCCCAAGAACGUCCGGUUCAAGUUCAAGGCCCCCUUCAGACUGGUUGACAUCAUUGACGAGAAGAUUGAAGACAACGCUGAAGAGACGCUAGAAUAUGUUGCUCUGAGCUACACAUGGGGUGACAUCACUCCAGAUGGCAAGAAGCUUCAAAAGCCCACUCUUCAGAGCAACAUCGACAGCCGCAAGCACACCCAAGGGUUGGCAGCCGUCCUCGGCUCAGAGACACUGCCUGCCGUGUACAGGGACACCGUCCAAAUCGCCCGCCGGCUCGGGUACCGCUACAUCUGGGUCGAUGCUUGGUGCAACAUCCAAGACGACACCCUCGACCUCGAAGCCCAAAUCGCCAACAUGGGGUACAUCUUCCAAAGCGCCGACCUCACGAUCGGCGCCGGCACCGGACGAGCAAAGACUUCUUCCUUGUUCUCUCAUCAGCAACCCCGACCCCGACCCUUCCUUAUCCGCACCACCAUCGACGGGCAACCACACCCGGUGAUCAUCUCCCGCCAACUCGUCCCAACCCCCUCCAUCCUCGACACCCGCCUCUGGACCUUCCAAGAACAACUUCUCUCCCGCCGCACAGUAGAAUUCGGCCCAACCCACACCACCUGGCGGUGCACCCAAGAAACCGCCUCCUCCCUCCCCGUCUCCGUGUCCUCCCAGCCUUACCCAUCAACCUCCGACCACAACGACACCCACGAAGUCACCACCUCCACCACCAACCUCCACUCCUGGAUCCGCACCACCGCAUCCCUCCCUCCUGGGCCCCGCCCAAAGUAUGAUCAACAAUUCGCCUCAGCCUGGUACUCCGCCGUGCGCAACUACACCACCCGCAGCUUCUCCAACCGAGAAGACCAGCUUCCCGCCAUAAUCGGGGUCGCCUCCGUCAUAGCCCGACACACAGGCUGGCACCACCUCGCCGGCCUCUGGAAGGAGGACAUUCCCUACUGUCUGGCCUGGUACAGGAACAAAACCCCCGCUCGGGAGGACAGUCUCUCCACCGCAAGACACGAGGCAGACUGCGCGCCGUCUUGGUCGUGGGCUGCUCGGGCCAACGGUCCGGUGUCCUUCUGGCCGAGGGGGGAUGUGCAGCAUGCUCUUGUCAAGUUUGUUCGUUCUGGCUGGGCUUGGCCUUCGAAACGGGAUGUGCAGAGACGGUUGGUGCUUGCUGGGGAGGUGGUCGAGGGAAAGUGUGGGACGGUGGUGGGGGAGGAGGAUUAUGAUUGGGUUGGGAGGGCGGAUGGGGGGAAUGUUACGCCUGUGGAGGUGGAUGGGCUUAGGGUUGGGUAUGCCAUGCUGGAUGCGCCGAUGGAUUUGAGGGAGAUUAGCAUCUUGCUGCUCUUCACGCUGAAGCCGGAGGGGGGGCUUGGGGCUUGGGGCUUGGGGAUGGCGUUGACGAGGGUGAUUCAGGGGGGUACCUGUUGGUAUAAGAGGGAGGGGUUGGUCGUGUUGACGAGUGAGGUGGGGACCGGGUGGGAUUACAAUGACUUUGAUGAGGAUGAUGAUGAGCAUAAGAUUAUUGUUGCUUAGUUCAUCUCUCUUGUUGGGAUGUUGCUGUUGGGGAGUCAACUUGAGAUGACGAUGGGAAGAGGGCAGGGCGGCAAGUGAAUCGUGCAGAAGAGUUGGGUGGUUGAACUUAGCCC